UGGAGGUAGCCUCAUGGGUUUCUUCCGUCUUUUAUUUCUUUUCGUUUGCAAGACAUUGCGAUUGAUUUAUUGUCAAUACUCGAUCGUGAAACUGCAAAUCUCCGUGCAGCUGACAGCAGUGUGGAGGUUGACUGAUAAAGUCGUCAAAAAAAGAAUCAAGAUGAACUUCGCGCAAAGCUGUCGACAGUUUUUCAACCCCACUCGCCCCCCUCCAGCUGAUAUCAAGUACCAUGGGUUGAGGAACCAAGGAGCAACGUGUUACUUGAACAGUGUGCUGCAGGUGCUGUUCAUGACCAAAGGCUUCAGAGAGGCUGUGGAGAGGUACAUGUGUGGAAACCCUGACCCUGAGCGUAUUGACUCUCAUCUUAAAGACAUGUUUGAUGUCUUAGAGAAAAAAACAGCAUGCACCUAUAACAUCAUAAAGAGGCUGGGCAUCGAUAGAGUGUACGAACAGCAAGAUGCUGCGGAGUACUUUGAGAAGAUUUUAGCUCUGACCAGUGAUGAGGCUUCACAGAUCUUCCACGGAGAGUUGACACACAAGACCAUAUGUUCUAAAUGUCUCACGGAGAAAAACGCAGAUGGGUUAUUUUGGCAUCUUCCUCUUGAACUGGUGGAUUCCUACAGUGAACACUACAGUGUGAUGGCCGGCACUGAGGAGUAUUUCAGAGAUUUGAACUUCAGUGGAGAAAACCAGAUGUACUGUGACCAGUGUGAUGACAAAUCUGAUGCUACUAUUAAAUGUGUCAUAAAGCAUCAUCCAGAGGUUUUGAUGCUGCUGCUGAAGAGGUUUGAGUUUAACUGCCAUUACAUGAUAUAUUUCAAGAACAACCGUGUUGUGGAUGUUCCCAGAACUCUACAGAUCCCAGAGAAUCAGACGUAUGAACUGUACGCAGUUGUGGAUCACUUUGGUGAUCUGAGAAGUGGACAUUACACUGCAAGAGUUAAGUCAGAGGACGAUGAGAGAUGGUAUAACUUCAAUGAUGCCAGAGUCUCAUUGCUUGAUUACCAGCCAUUCCAGGUGGAUAACAGUGAGAGUUCCCAGAGUGUUUAUCUUCUUUUUUACAGGAAAAAGACAACCCACGCAGCAGAUACUUGUGCUCAAGACAAAAAGGAGGUGCCCACCAGUGGAGGUUUCCCGCCUGCUGCCGUUGACAACCAUGACCAGAGUCACGAUGCUGAAAUGACAGGAGAGAGUGAAGAGACAGUAGAAGUGGCUAGUGACACUGCAGUGGAUGUUAUGGUGGAUGAUGAAACAGGAAUUAGAGACACGGUCAGUGUUGUGUCUGGAGGAGUGGCCCUAUCAGCUGACAGCAUCUGUAAGGUAGAGGAUCAGGUCAAUGGAGCUGAUGUCAGGCAGAUAAUACCACCUGAUAACUAUCAGUGGUUGAAUGAGGAAAAGAGUGAGUUGCGUAAUCAAGAUGUUCACACCAAAGAACAAGAGCAAGAUGAGGAGGGAGGAAAGACGGAAAAAUCCCCAACAAACUCCCCCAGCAUGGAUAUAGAUUAUCAGGACAAUGAAAGAUUAGGCAAAGAGGAGGAGAUGAAAACAAAUGGUAAAGAUGACAAAGAAGGAAAGACUGGAGCUGAUAAACUAACACCAGGGGGAAGAAAGCUCUUGACCUUUUAUGACCUCUGCUAUCAUGUGCCUCAGAAGAAUGGAAGAGCUGGUGAUAGUAAAGAGAACAUGCCAGAGGAUGAUCAGGGGUGUAAACAGGGCGGCAGUGACGGGUUGUAUAAAGGACAUGAGCAACAGGGAGAGGAGAGGAGGGAUGUUAAGGGAGACAAGGAGCAAAGGAGAGCAGAUGAUGAUCCUGCACAAAGUAAGGGAACAGAAGAGGACUCGGAAAGAAGGGAAAAACUGACCGAGAACCAGGGAGUUGAAAGUGUUGAAAAGACAAGACUGGGGGGUUCUCAGCCGCGAGAAACAACUGGAUUAAAGGAGGUUAGAGAGGAAGGUAGAGGUGGGUCGAAGCACUCAAGGAUAUAUGGGAAGAUAAUUGAGGAAGAAGUUAGGGAAACCCCUGAUGGUCCUCAAAGAUGCAGCGAGACGAAGACCAUAAGAAUUGAAACCGUGGAAACCUCAAAAGAGAGCGUUAAGAGUCAGGUAAAUAGUGAAGAGAGCGCUGACAAAACGACUUGGCGUGAGAGUGUUUGCACUUCAAAGCCGAGUGAUUCACCUUUGCCGGAGCCACAGACACACAGACACACAAGCGUCGUUGUAAAUGCACCAGAAGAGAAUGAGACAAACAGUUUUAUUUACUCGAAUGCCAAGGCAACGCGAAAAGUGCCUGAUGCACACAUGCAAAAAUAUGCAGUGAAGAAAAGAGCUGCACGUGAAAAGAGGAGAAGAUGGUGGCAUACCACUGCCCCGCUGAAGAAACACAGAAAGCAAAAAAGGAGAAACAGAACAAAACGACUACGUGCAGGUUUUUGCAAAAGCCAGAAAAAUCCAGACUUGACUUCAGAGUCAGAUCAAAGAUAAUAUAAAUUGUUAUUUUACAAGACUGCAUGUCCGUGUGGUGUCCACAAGAUCUUACUUUUAGUUUUUAAUUGAUGCUUAUUGACACUCGUCAGAGAUCUGCUAGUGAUCGGGUAGUAUGGACAUACCUUUG